UAUUUCUACUCUUAUGGUUUGGUGUAGUUUAAUAAAAUCUCGAGUUUUCUCCCUCCGCCGCUCCGUCAGUCACUUUCCCUUUGAUUCCCCGGCCGGAGAAAGCCACCCUCUUCAUCCGUACCUUACAACUCCAACUUGUGUGCGAUGGUCUGGGUUGGUUUGAUCAGAGUGAGUAAUUUUUGGGUGGAAGAAGGCAGACAGGAGGCGAGCUAGGAUACAAAUACCCACUCUCAGGGCAACCGAUAACUUAGUCUGCUGUGGACUUUGUCGACCAAGCUGUGGAAGAGAAAGACGAAAAAUAAAAGAAAGAAAUAGCACUAACCAAACGUUUAAAAAGUUGGUUUGAUCACGAACCACAAAGUUUCUUGCUACAAAGGUGGAAAAUAAGGGAAAGUUUCUGGUGGUGGUUGAUGUCUCACUUUCACCUCUCUCCAACUACAUCCCUUCUCUUUUCAGCCACGUAAACUCUACAUGCAGAGGAGCAGAAAUAAGCUGCGGGAGUCGAUAUUACUAAAGUGAAUGAAUUACUAAUGAAACAAAGCAAGCCAAGCUACAUUCACGGUGAAAGAAUAAUCGAACCCUCGCCUAUAUUGCUAAAUCAUUCGUCUAUGCGCUCUAUGUACAACAUAAACUAAAAUAAAUUAUUCGUAAAUAGUGACUAUUUUAAUGCAAUGCACAAGUGUUAAAGAGCAUUGGGCACACACUUCGUUGAUUUACAAAUUCAAAACUCGAGAUAAAAAUUUAAUACACGUUUACCAUAUCGAGCGAAUAACAGCGAAAAUAUCAAAUAACGAGUCUAAUUUAAUCUCAAUUGACUGAUAUUAUUGAAAGUUUGACCAAACGAGACCUCAAUAAUCUCUCAACCAAAAUAAAAUCCAUCUUAUUAGAGUUUGCUUUGAUUUUGGACUUGAAAAGUUAAAAGAUGAAGAUGGAAAUUUCGGUGUUGAGCCUCCUGUUCUGGAUAUUUUUCCAUUCCUUGAUCAAAGGGUCCAUCAGCGACGUCAUUCAAAUGCCACGCUUCGUUGGCCCAAUGGAAAAUGUCACAGUCGUGUCCAACCGAGAAGGGAUACUCAGUUGCGUUGUGGAGAAUUUGGGAUCUUAUAAGGUCGCAUUUUUGAGGGUUUCGACUCAAACUAUAUUAACAAUUGGCUCUCAUGUCAUUUCGAGAAGUCACCGGAUUGGACUAUCACACACUGAGAGCAGGGCUUGGAACUUACACAUCCGACAUGCGAAGCAAUCUGAUGCAGGCUACUACAUGUGUCAGGUGAAUACUGACCCGAUGCUGUCUCAAUUGGGUUACCUGCAAGUUGUCGUCCCACCCGAUAUUUUGGACUACCCAACAAGCACCGAUAUGGUUGUGAGAGAGGGAACAAAUGUUUCUCUAAUCUGCGCCGCUACUGGCUUUCCCCAACCGACAGUAAGUUGGCAGAGAGAGGACAAGCAAAAAAUUCCAUACGGGGAAGAUUUAGUUGAAACAAUUGAGGGCUCAGUAUUCAAUAUCAGCAAAGUGAAUCGGCUUCACAUGGGGGCUUAUCUUUGCAUCGCUAGUAAUGGUGUUGCUCCAAAGGUCAGCCGCCGCAUUCUAAUUAUCGUCCACUUCCCUCCCAUGAUAUGGGUUCAACAACAACUGAUCGGAGUUGCCGAGGGGGACGACGUUAUCUUAGAGUGCCAAUCAGAAGCGUAUCCCAAAUCUAUCAACUACUGGGUCAAACACAACGGGGACAUUAUUGUUUCUCCAGUUGAUGGUUCUCCUAUUGACAGCUAUAAUGGAGAAAAAUACGAACCUGUCUUGCUGGACAAUGCGUAUAAAGUGACAAUGCGACUUACAAUUAGAGGGAUUCAACCUCCCGAUUAUGGAAGUUAUGCCUGCCUGUCCAAGAACUCGUUGGGUUCUACGGAUGGUCAGAUUAAAAUUUACCAAAUAUUACCUUUGGUGUCGUCAACGGUUGCGGCCAAACCAACCACAUUGCCUUCGUCCAGUAGUAGCGCUACUAACCCAGAGAAAGCUUCGGCGAAGAAAAAUGGCACAGCCCAUUCGACAAAAACAAAGUCUCAGUCCACAAAGACGAGUCGUAGGGAAAGUGACCACAACAAUGCAAUGAAACCACAAUCUACAACUGCUGUACAAAUUCAAAAUCCAGAUGGAGAUUCGUCAUCUCGACAUCUUGAAGCUUCUCUCUUCAUAGUUUUAUCCUUUUGUAGUAUUUCCAUAGCAAACCAAGCAAAUAUUCAGAAAAUAUUUUCUAUUUCUAAUAUUUUAUUUACUCGGUAAAGUUACAAAGUUUCACGUGGUCAGCGAGAAAUAACUGAAGACCGGUAGUUAAACUGAGAAUUACUUUCGUGUAUAGAUAAUUAUGCAUUAAUAAGUAUCCAACAAGAUGAAAUUAUUAUAUAACUUCAGCAUUGCUCAACUUUAGACCAGAUCCUUAAAUAUUAUUACUAUAAAGAACCGUAACUAAAGGAACCGUCAAAAAUUAUAAAGAUGCUUCAAACACCACAGGAUAAUAUAAUAUACUUGGUCUCCUUGCCGUGCUAAAGUUUGUGUAGUUCACAAAAGUUAUGUAAUAAUAGUUAUACGAGUAUUUGAAAAGUAUUUAGCAAUGAUGCUUUAUAAGUAAUUAUGGAAAAUACCUACAACCUCAAAUACAGAAAGACUAAUUACCUUAAAGUAAGAUAAUAUAUUCUAAGUAGUCUGAAAUCUAUAUGAACAAUGUUAAUUUAGCAUAUAAUUCUAAGGCUGUUCGUAAAUUAGGUCACUCAAAAAUUGACUUUUUGAACCCAUUCUCCCUUGGUCAUGCAUUACGGCAGCUUUUAACGUGUGACAUAAAUGGGCUGGUUGCGAAAGAACGUCCAGACCUCUUCAAAAAGUGACAUAAAACAUGAAUUUAUCAAUAUGAUUUAGCAUCCCCCUAAAAGCGUUAGAAAAUUUGAUCGGCAUUUGAUUAUUACAUAAUUAUUAUGUACAAAAAUACGCAGCAGUAGGAAUUUUGUAAGUCGGGUACAUAAGACAUUCCUAUCUGAUAAUUUAUUGUAGUCAAGUACCUUACAAAAGCAUAUGCGAAAAUGAAUUGGCACGUUUAAAUUUAAUAUGCAUAUUAUAUAUGUACUUAUAUACAGACACAUGUAUUGGGUGGAGUUAAAGUCUAUAAUUCCUACCCUGUAACUCAUAAAAAUCAAAAAACACUGAGCUGAUUGAUACUAAAAACAUAAUUUAGCAAAUAUGUAUGUACUCUGGAAACUAGUCAUAACGCAGAUAUUUACGUAUAAGAUACACACGACGUGUAUUAGCAAACCAGUAGCUAGGUUAAAGCUAAUGAAUGUAUAUGUAUGCAUGUACAAAAGUAUAACCUAUCUACAUACCUGCAACAUGUAAUUUUGGACAAGCUUAAGCUUGCCUGGUAAUACAUAAUUAUGUAUUACCAGGCAAGUUUGAUGUUUCCUGAUAUCCGAUUUAUUAUAGGAAUUGAAAUAUGACUUUAAUAUGAUAUCGUACAUGUACAUACAUAUAUAUAUAGAUAAUGAAAUAAAUAAACAAAAACAUUUGUAUGCAAAUUAUAGUUGCUUAAUAUUUUUAUUUUUAUAGCAUCACAACACGUUACAGAGUUGAACAACAUAAAAUGCAGAGAAAAAUUGAUCGUCAAAUUAAAAAAUUAAAGCCAUCAGAGAUAUCACAAAACACAAUUCGAAUUUAAAAUAUAAAAAAAUAUAGUAAUAAUUCGGUAAUAAUAAUCUCCAGAUUCGUAAUAAUACUGUUGAUUGAGUCCACCAGAAU